AUGGCGAAUCGCACGGACCCGCUGGCGCGGCAGGUUCACGGCUGCAAUCCGCAGACGCUGAUGUCUCGCAUCGUGCGGCGGAAGAUCUACGAGAGUGCGUACUGGAAGGAGCAGUGCUUCGCGCUCACGGCGGAGACGGUCCUGGACCCCUGCGUGGCGCUGACUUACGUGGGGGGGACGUAUGGCGGCAAGCGGCAGCCUGCACCGUUUCUCUGUUUGGUGCUGAAGUUGCUGCAGAUUCAACCGGAAGAGGAGGUGGUGCUCGAGUUCAUCAAGCAGGAGCAGUUCAAGUACUUGCGCGCAGUCGGCGCCUUCUACUUCCGCCUCGUGGGGCGGGCGCACGAGGUCUACACGCACCUCGAGCCGCUGCUCGCGGACUACCGCAAGCUGCGCAUGCGGCAGCCCGACGGCCGCUACACACUGAUGUGCAUGGACGAGUUCGUUGACAGCUGUCUGCGCAACACUAACUUUCUCGACGUGGAUCUUCCCGCGCUGCCGAAGCGCGAAGUCCUUGAGAACGAAGGCGAGCUCCCGCCGACGCGCCUGACUGCGCUAGAGCACGACGUGGAGGUCUACGCCUCAGCCGGCGUCGCGCCCUCGGGGAAGACGCUCUCGGAGCGCGACCAGCAGCUCUGGCUGCUGCAGAAGGAGAAGCUGCGCGAAGAGCAAAAGAAGCUCCAGCGACACGUGCUGCAGCAACGCAUGCGCCACCAGCAGCAGGAGCAGGAGCAGCUGCUCAUGCAGCAGGUCCGCGAGCUCGAAAUCGAGAACGGCGGCGACCGCGCCGAGCCGGAGAAGAAGGAGGAAGCGGACGGCUGGUGGCGGGAGAAGAAGGAGAAGAACGAGCGCUCGCGCGAUGAGAGAGACAGAGAGAGGGCAAAGAAGCGCGAGGAACGAGAAGACGAAGAACGCGAGAGGCUCGGCAACACGCAUGCGGCGGGAGACCGCCCCACGAGCCGGUACGCCGAGGACCGGGCGCGCGGCCGCGGCCGCGGAGGCAGCCGCAGUCCGACCCCGGUGAUCAAGAGAGAGAAAGACGAGCGCAGAGGCGACGACGAUGAGCGCAGGCGACGGCGGAGACGCGAGGAAGAAGAAGAGGUGGAGCGACGGAGGCGACGGCGCGACGAGGAGGAAGAAGACGACCGCCACCGCCGCAGAGAGCGGUGGCGCCGCGAGGACGAAGAAGAAGAACGGCGGCGGAGACGGCGAGAUGAAGACGGAGACCGACGCCGCAGAGACAGAAAAGACCAAGAAGAGGCAGAUCGACACGGGGACAACUACGCGCGGUCGCGGCGGCAGUAUGACGAGUUCGACGCAGACCGGAGGCGACACAGAGGCGGCGGAGGCAGAGGCCGCGAAGAGGAGGACGAGGACCAGCGGGCGAGGCAGGGCAAACUCGAUAGGAAAGACGAGCCGCGCGACUACGACGACGAAGGGCGAAGACGGCGGCAGCGAGGCCACGAGGCGGCGGGCGGUGCGCGGAGCGAGCGCGACGAGAAGAAGCCGAAAAGAGAGGGAGACACCGAGAGAGAGAGAGACAGAGCCAAGGGGCCUGCCUUCAGCUACGGAUCGAAGACCGAUGACAGAAAGAAGGGCAAAGAUGACUCCCUUUCCGUCCAAGAGUGGGACACUCUGCGGGCGCAACUCGGACUCAAACCACUCAAAAAAUAA